AAAGUCAUUUUAGAAAUCGUGAAUAUAAGUGCUGUGCAACUAAAAUUUUUUGGAGAAACGAGAAAAAAAAGAAGAAAAAAAAUUAACAAACAUUUUUUUUUUGUUUUGUUGCAAACACCACACAAUCCCACCCUCACUCAUUUAAACGAACGAACAAAAGUUUUAUGUAUAAUUUUUUUUAAUUCAACGUUUUUUUGAUUUUCGUAAAAUUUAAUUAAGUCAAAGAAAAAAAAAAAACUCUAUCAAAAUGGUUGUAAAUUUUAAAGUCUUUAAAAAGGCAUCGCCCAACAACAUGAUCACCCUGUACAUGAACAGGCGUGAGUUUGUGGAUUCGGUGACCCAGGUGGAGCCAGUUGAUGGCAUCAUUGUCCUGGACGAUGAAUACGUUCGCCAGAAUCGCAAAAUCUUCGUUCAGCUGAUUUGUAAUUUCCGUUAUGGCCGUGAAGAUGACGAACUGAUUGGUCUACGUUUUUCCAAGGAAUUAAUUUUGGUGUCGCAACAAGUCCACCCCGAACAAAAGGUGGACAUACAACUGACCAAAAUGCAGGAGCGUCUACUCAAGAAAUUGGGUUCGAAUGCAUUCCCGUUUGUUAUGGAAAUGCCGCCAAGCUCCCCCGCUUCGGUUGUGCUACAACAAAAGGCCAACGACAACUCCCAGCCAUGUGGUGUCCAAUAUUUCGUUAAGGUCUUUGGCGGUGAAAAUGAUUGUGAUCGUACUCAUCGUCGUAGUACCAUUAAUUUGGGCAUUCGUAAAGUGCAAUAUGCACCCACCAAACAGGGUAUCCAACCAUGCACUGUGGUACGCAAGGAUUUCCUGCUGUCGCCUGGAGAAUUGGAAUUGGAGGUGACAUUGGACAAGCAGCUGUAUCAUCAUGGCGAAAAGAUUGCCAUAAAUAUUUGCGUGCGCAACAACUCCAAUAAGGUUGUGAAGAAAAUCAAGGCCAUGGUCCAGCAGGGCAUUGAUGUUGUACUCUUCCAAAAUGGCCAGUUCCGUAAUACAAUUGCAUUUUCGGAAAGUGCCGAGGGGUGUCCUCUAAAUCCGGGUUCCAGCUUGCAAAAGGUUAUGUAUUUGGUACCGAAUUUGGCGGCCAACUGCGAUCGUGCCGGAGUCGCUGUGGAAGGUGAUGUUAAACACAAGAAUACCUCAUUGGCUUCAACAACAUUGAUUGCCAGUCCAGAUGCCCGUGAUGCUUUUGGCAUAAUUGUUUCCUAUGCCGUUAAGGUCAAACUAUUUUUGGGUGCAUUGGGUGGUGAGUUGUGCGCCGAGCUACCAUUCAUUCUUAUGCAACCCAAGCCCAGUCGCAAACAAUUGGAAGCAGCUGAAACUGAAGAAGCUUAAAUGAAAAAUGGUUACUAUGAAACUUCGAGAAAAAGGCCUACUCUCCAGUACCGAAUAAAAUGACAACAACAACAAAAAAAUGGACACCUGUGUUCCAUUACCUACAUUACGUAUCUGUAUGCAUGUUCUUCUAUUAUUUCUAUGUGAUUCUGUAUCAAUUGCUUAUGAUGAUGAAGAGAGAAAAACAACAACAACAUCAAUUACAAAAUUAUAUAUUUUCAAAAAUCAAAUAUAUAUUUACUAAUAUUUAUUGUGAUGUCUUUAUAUAGAGUUAUUGUAAACAAAAUAAUAGUUAUAAUAAUAAAAUGAGAAUCUGUAUGAUGUAUUGUGUGUAAA